AUGCUUCUGAGCUUCACUUAUUCGCUUCUCCUAGUGGUGAUCGGUGCCAAUGCGAAGAGGAGGACAGAAUCUUCUAUGGUUAAUAGCUGGUCAGUAUCGGACUGUGUGAGACCAUGGCAAAUCCCACAAAUGAGCAAAGCCACCCUUCAAUCUCCUUCAAGACCUAUUGAAUGCCAUCCAGACCAUCAUAACUGUCCAUCCGGUAGAAAUCCUGUAUGUCAAUACUCAUUGAGAGCUCUUAAAUAUGUGUGCUGUGAGGACAAGAAAGAAGCUGAAAUUCCGAGCUGUCCAAAAUAUUACGAUACACUGUUGAUCUCUUGCGGCUCGAGCGUUGAAGGAAGUUGUCCGCGUGGUUAUAAAUGCAUGGGAAGCAUGACGGACGUCAACUUGAAAUUGUGCUGUAAACCGAACAGAACUUUGACUUAUAAGGAACCCGAGAGUACGUUCCGCGAGAACAAAAUUGUUCCAAAGUUCUUGCCGCUUGCACCGAAAACCGAACUUCUCGCUACUUUUGGAAAUGAGAAAAUUUCAAUGGGACAGCUAUUUGAUGCUAGCCAAUUAGACCUGAUUGCCGACCCGCCUGUAAUGACCGCUGGAGUCGAGUUGAAGGACGAUAGACUUUACACAAUUAUCCUAGUUGACUCGUCAGACAGGCCAGUUGGAGUUCACAUCCUGGUUUUGGCGCUGUUCGAGCAGCUCGAAUCAUUUUCCCAGAGAAAUCUUGGCCGAAUUGCGGGCAGCGAUUUCACAUUCUCCGAAUUCAUUAAUGAUCACUCGGAUAUUAUUGAGGAAAGACCAUUGGCGGCGACAUUCUUCGGAUAUUCAACGACGAUUGAUGAUCGCUUCCAUUAG